AUGCAGAGCGUGCUGGACUUCGGGGAGCAGAUCAAGCGAGAGGGCAACGAGGCGUUCGCCAACGAGAACUGGGAGGGCGCGCUGACCCGCUACUGCCAGGGGGACGAGGCCUCAGAAGACCCCGAUCUGGGCGAGAUCCUCGGCGAUGAGGGCGACCCCGCGGGGCUCCGCGGGGCCCGGGGCAGAGCGCGGAGCGAGAAGGCGCGGGCCGCCCGGACCUCGGGGAGCCGCCCGUAG